UAAAAGAGUCAAAGUUAAACUUUCCACAUGUUUUUUUAAAUAUUAUAUAUUCACCAGUGUAUACAUAUAAAUGAUUAUUUAACAUCACACAUCAAUCGGAGUUAGUUUUAUCGAUACAGAUUUGUCUUCCGCCCCCUCCCGCCGACAUGGUGCGUUCCUCGCCUGUUUGAAGUUCGGAGCGGGAGGAAGACGCCGGUUGUUGUUGACGUUUCUCCGAGGGAAGACGAAGUAACACAGAUCCGCAGGCUCGGGGAGAGGAUGGACCUGACCACUUGUUUGAAGUCCCUGUUGUCGGCGAUCCAGCAGUACAGAGGCGGCAGGACGACACAACACGCAGCGCAGCUCCAGAAACAAGUGGAGGAGGUUUCCGGCCUAAAAUGUGACCGGCUGCUGUCCUCGGGCCAGGUUUUACCCAGCGAGUGUGUGAGUGGACUGGUGGAGCUGGCUGGAAACCACAACACCAGCCCGGCCCUGACGAGCGCCAUCGUCUCCCUGCUGGCACAACUAGCUUGUGAUGACGACAGUCGGGUGAUGCUGCACAGCAGCUACAACCUCACCAGCACCUUGGCCUCGGUCAUCCACUGCCAUGGGGCCACACCUGGAGAGCCACUGGUGCUGCAGUGUCUGCAGGUGCUGCAGAAACUCACGUACAACACUCGCAUCUUCCAGUCGACAAACUACAUGCAUGAACUCGUCGCUUUCCUCAUGACUAACAUCCAGUCGCAGAAUGAAGACAUCAUCAUCAUGCCCUGCCUCGGCCUCAUGGCCAACCUGUGUCGAGACAACCACUCGCUGCAGAGCCACAUCAAGUCUCUGGACAACGUGAAGCCGUUUUAUCGAACGCUGAUCAACUUCCUGGCUCACAACAGUCUGACUGUGGUGGUCUUCACGUUAUCCAUACUGUCCAGCCUCACACUGAACGAGAAGGUUGGAGGAAAGCUCUUCGAUGCAAAAAACAUCCACCAGACGUUCCAGCUUGUGUUCAACAUCAUUGUGAACGGCGACGGAACUCUGACAAGAAAAUACUCCGUGGAUCUUUUGGUCGACUUGUUGAAGAACCCCAAAAUAGCAGACUUCCUCACCAGGUAUCAGCACUUCUCAGCAUGUGUGUCUCAGGUUUUAGGGCUGUUACAGUCAAAGGACCCCGACUCUGCAGCCAAGGUUUUGGAGCUGCUCCUGGCCAUGUGCAGUGUCUCGGGUUUGCGCUCGCUUCUGUGCGAGGUGGUUUUCAAACCAGCCGCGGCCAAAGUCAGAGCGGGAGGCCGACGGCAGGGGCCCGGACCGGAAGCCGGGGGCCGCAAGGCAGAGUCUGGCCUCGCUCUGGUGCAGUGGCUGAGCUCGCCUGUGGAGGGCGCCGAAUCCUGCUCCCUCCAGGCCCUGCACCUGCUGCAUGAGCUGCUGAAGGAGGCGCUGGGAGCAGAGAGUGGAGCCGACCGUGUGCUGGGAUUCGUGGAAAUGCUCCUCCCGGUGUUGUUGGGGCUGCUGAGGGGCCUCGAUCCCGCCAAGGGAGAUGCUCACCUGAGACAACACUGCAGCCGCGUCACAUACGUGACCAGUUUGCUGCUUGUCCUGUGCACCGAGGACUCCACCCGGUCCAUGGUGUCCCGUCAGGUGAGCGCUCAACUCUGCCUCUCGCAGGCCGAGUCCCUCCUCUCCUGUUGCCGUGGCAACAACCCCCUCACCAGUCUGCCUCCCGGCUGUGACAACGAUCUCAGUCAGGUGUGUGCAGAAGCUCUGUUGAAGACUCUGGAGUUGAUGAGCAAACUGAGGGAGCAGGUGAAAGACAUGGAGACCAGCUUCUAUAGGAUGCUACAGGACCAGAGGAUAGUUACUCCCCUCUCUCUGGCGCUGACCUCCAGCCACAGAGAGCGCGUGCAGACCGGACUCUCGCUGCUUUUUGAAGCCACGCCCCUCCCGGACUUCCCCUCAUUGGUUCUGGGAGAAAGCAUCGCUGCCAACAACGCCUAUCGGCCGAGGGAGGCCGAGCUUUCCGUCAAACGCGUUGCGGUGCAGGAAGUCCCGUCCCCCAGGACCAACAGCAGCCUCCUGGACUCGUCCGGCGGUUCGAGCUGGGGCGUGCAGAGUCUGGUGGAGAAGAUACAGAACGGCCUGGAGCUGCAGGAGCAGGUGAAGGACUCGCACGUGUCCGAGAUCAUCGACGUUUAUGCGCAGAAGUUCUCGGCGUUCGCGUCUCAGGAGAGUCGCCUGCAGGACUUGUUGGAGGCCAAGGCUCUGGCUCUCUCUCAGGCCGACCGUCUCCUGGCUCAGUAUCGCUUCCAGCGAGCUCAAGCCGAGGCUGAGGCUCACAAGCUGGGCUGCCUGCUGAAGGACGCCGAGCGGCGGCGCGAGGAGCUGCAGGGCGAGCUCGGUAGCCAGGUGCUGGAGGUGCAGCGCUCCAAGGCCGACAUGGAGGAGCUGCUGCAGCACAACGCCAGGCUGCAGCGGGACUCCGAGGAGCACCAGGCCCUCAAAGGAGCCUACAACGCCCUGCUCAACAGGUUGAAUGAGAGCGAGCGGCUGCUGACGGAGCAGCAGGUCGCUCACGUCUCUCUCACCAAACAGAGCGACGCUCUGAGGAAGAACCACGAAGCGCUUCAGCUGCAGCACGAGAGGACGGCGUCCGUGUUGGAGGAGAGAGAGGAGGAGAUCCGAUGUCUCCGUUCAGAGCUUCAGCAGAGGAACGGUGACAUCACAGGUCUGCGUGGUGAACUGCGAGCCGAGGAGGAGAAGGGGAAGGAGAGGGAUCAGGAGAGGAGGGACCUGGAGGAGACGGUGGACGUACUGAGGAAGGAACUCAACAAGACGGAGCAGGCCAGGAAGGACGCCAGCAUCAAGGCGUCGUCUCUGGAGCUGCAGAAGAGCCAGCUGGAGGCGAAACUGAAGCAGAGGGAGGACGAGCUGAGCAAACACUCGUCGAUGAUCGCCAUGAUCCACAGCCUCAGCGCCGGCAAGAUGAAGAGCGACGUCAACCUGUCGCUCUGACGGACCGCCGGCGACGCAGAUGAGUGAGGGAGGGAGGGGAAAAAAAUCAACACAGAUUCUUCAGACUUUAUGGACAAUAAUUCUUCUUUUUAAACCUUUAUGAACUUUUUUAUACUACAUAAAAGUACACAAUGAACUUCAGCGCAGUCUGAGAUUGCUGUCCAUGUUCACGUCUCAGACUUUUGGACUUCCACUGUACUGAACAGAUAUUUUUUAGAUUCAGGGUGAUAUGAAAUCUUUGUACGUUUGUCUCUGUGUUUUUAUCGUUUUGCUAAAUAAAUGAUUAAUCUGUAUUUG